UUAUGCCCUGCUUAUCAGCAGCUUCCCAGCUUCCUCUGCCUGGAUUCUUAGAGGCCUGGAGUCCUAGAACCAGCUGGUGCACGUGGCUUCCCAAAGAUCUCUCAGAUAAUGAGAGGAAAUGCAGUCAUCAGUUUGCAGAAGGCUGGGGAUUCUGGGCCGUAGCUCAGACCUGCGCCCUCCAUCUCCCUCCAGGCAGCCCUUGGCUGGUCCCUGCGAGCCCGUGGACACUGCCGGAGAUGUCCUCUUUCGGUUACAGGACCCUGACUGUGGCCCUCUUUGCCCUGAUCUGCUGUCCAGGAUCUGAUGAGAAGGUAUUCGAGGUACAUGUGAGGCCAAAGAAGCUGGUGGUUGAGCCCGAAGGGUCCCUCGAAGUCAACUGCAGCACCACCUGUAACCAGCCUGAAGUGGGUGGUCUGGAGACCUCUCUAGAUAAGAGGCUGCUGGAGGAACAGCCUCAGUGGAAACAUUACUUGGUCUCAAACAUCUCCCAUGACACGGUCCUCCAAUGCCACUUCACUUGCUCCGGGAAGCAGGAGUCAAUGAGUUCCAACAUCAGCGUGUACCAGCCUCCAAGGCAGGUCCUCCUGACACUGCAACCCACUUGGGUGGCCGUGGGCAAGUCCUUCACCAUUGAGUGCAGGGUGCCCACCGUGAAGCCCCUGGACAGCCUCACCCUCUUCCUGUUCCGUGGCAAUGAGACUCUGCAUAGUCAGACCUUCGGGAAGGCAGCCCCUGCCCUGCAGGAGGCCACAGCCACAUUCAGCAGCACGGCUCACAGAGAGGAUGGCCACCACAACUUCUCCUGCCUGGCUGUGCUGGACUUGAUGUCUCACGGUGGCAAUAUCUUUUGCAAACACUCAGCCCCGAAGAUGCUGGAGAUCUAUGCUUGGACCUCAACUGCUCCAGAGGUCGGGAGAGGUCAACUAGUUCCUUGGCCACCAUCAAGCCCCGUGACCUUGACUGCUCUCCCUGGCCUUGGCUCCCCUCCACAAUGAGAAGUUUGGCCUGACUGCCCCCACUGAGGUCCCCAGAGCUCGGUGACUCUGGACGGCCGGCACAUUCCCUGUCCUCAGGGAACUUGGCAUGAAGUUCACUCAGCUCUGCCCAAGAAGGGGCUUGGCUGGGACCAUGCCACCCUCCAGGCCACGGUGUCCAGCAGCUACACACUUGUCCCAUGGCUGCUGACAAGAGGACAUCUGCCCUCACAGCCUCACAGAAGUCCAGCUGGUAGCCUGAGCCCUGGGCCACCUUUUUUCCAGAUAAUAAUUUUAAUGCAGACACCGUUCACCACUCAUCUCUACGACCUGGGGUGACUGCAGGAUGCAUGAGCAGGCGGCGGGGGCUGGGGGUCUGGGUCGGGGGUGGACUUCCACUCCCUUUUGGUCCCUAGUAACUGGGUUCACAGGAUGUCUAAGACCCUUGCUCCCUCCCUCCCCAGAGCCCGUGUCGGACAGCCAGAUGGUCAUCAUAGUCACGGUGGUGUCAGUGUUGCUGUUCCUGUUCGUGACAUCUGUCCUGCUCUGCUUCAUCUUCAGCCAGCACUGGCGCCAGCAGCGGACGGGCACCUACGGGGUGCGAGCGGCUUGGAGGAGGCUGCCCCAGGCCUUCCGGCCAUAGCACGCAUGAGUGGCAUGGCCACCACCAUGGUGGUCACUGGAACUCAGUGUGACUCCUCAGGGUUGAGGUCCAGCCCUGGCUGAAGGACUGUGACAGGCAGCAGAGACUUGGGACAUUGCCUUUUCUAGCCCAAAUACAAACACCUGGACUUA